GUAUUCUUUCUCAUUAUAUUUUGCAUGUAUAAUGGUGAAGAAACAAAGACUGUUGAUGUUAGUGACGAGAGAAAGUAUCGAAGCUGAUGUCUUAUCCGCCAGAAUACAUGUUUUCUUUAGAAAAUUUCACAACGGAUGUGAAGAGCUUGAUGUCGAUGUACUUUACAUUGCUGUCGAGUCAUGAUCAAUUUCCGACAAUUAUGACAAUAUUACUAAGCGAUAUUAAAAAGCUCUCCCACCCGAUGUCUCUCGGAGACCCCAGACACACACAUUUACAGAGGAUUGUGUCUGUUAACAGAGAGUACUUAUUUCGUUGCACUCCGAUCGAUACGUUCUCUCUGGAGGGAACUUGGAAAACGAGCCGCUCUCGUCAUCGGGGCUACGUUAUAGUUAAUGUCAAAGAAUCAAACACCACCUGUUCCUAUAAACUCCACGUGCCGGUCGUUGAUUGACGUGACACGCAAGCAAAAUUAUUAC